AUGCUUCAGGGAGUGCAUGGAACUGGAUGUACUCAUCCCCUCAUCAUCAUCGGCUCCUUCUUCAUGCUCAAUCUUGUGCUGGUGAGUUUGCCCAAAGAAAGGGAGCGCGUGGAGAACAGGAGAGAGUUUCUUAAGCUGAAGCGUCAGCAGCAGAUAGAGAGAGAGCUGAACGGAUAUCUGGAGUGGAUCUGCAAAGCAGAAGAAGUGAUUUUGGCUGACGAGGACAAUGACCCAGAUGACCGGAUGCCCUUUGACGGCACGCGAAGGAGGCCUACCAUCAAGAAGAAUAAAGCAGACCUGCUGGAUGCAGAGGAUGGAGAUGGAGAUAUAGGUUCUCCGUUUGCACGGGGCAGUCUGAAGAGCUCCAAACUGGAGGGCUCUUCCUUCCAUAAAAAGGAGCGUCGUCUGCGAUUCUUCGUCAGGCACAUAGUGAAGACGCAGGCGUUCUACUGGUCUGUGCUGUGUCUGGUGGGACUCAACACUCUGUGUGUGGCUGCUGUGCACUACGACCAGCCUGAAAAGCUCUCCGACUUCCUCUACUUUGCUGAGUUCAUCUUCCUGGGGAUCUUUAUGUCAGAGAUGUGUAUAAAGAUGUAUGGGCUGGGGACCAGUCCUUAUUUUCACUCCUCCUUCAACUGUUUCGACUGCAUUGUCAUUUGUGGCAGCAUUUUCGAGGUGCUCUGGUCUAUGAUCCAGCCAGGAACCUCGUUUGGGAUCAGUGUGUUACGAGCUCUCAGGUUACUGAGGAUCUUCAAAGUGACCAAGUAUUGGGCGUCUCUGAGGAACCUGGUGGUGUCUUUGUUGAACUCCAUGAAAUCCAUUAUCAGUUUACUCUUCCUCCUUUUCCUCUUCAUCGUGGUCUUUGCUCUGCUGGGCAUGCAGCUGUUUGGAGGACAGUUUAAUUUUGAAGCCGGGACACCACCUACAAACUUUGAUACUUUUCCUGCAGCAAUAAUGACAGUGUUUCAGAUCCUGACGGGUGAAGACUGGAACAUGGUGAUGUAUGAUGGGAUCGAGUCUCAGGGAGGAGUCAAGAAGGGCAUGGUCUUCUCAGUCUUCUUCAUCGUUCUUACACUCUUCGGCAACUACACUUUGCUCAAUGUGUUCUUGGCUAUCGCUGUGGACAAUCUGGCCAAUGCACAAGAGCUGACCAAGGAUGAACAGGAGGAAGAGCAAGCAGCCAAUCAGAAAAUGGCUCUUCAGGCGGCCAAGGAAGUAGCAGAGGUCAGCCCACUGUCUGCAGCCAGCCUCUCCAUUGCUGCCGUGACAGUAAGCUCUGAGCGUCUUGAUGCAACAGAACACUUUCUGGACUGUAAAGAGCAACAGAAGAACCACAAAGGUUGUAAGUCGGUAUGGGAGCAGCGCACUAGUGAGCUGAGACGACAGACUCUGGUGAACAGCAGAGAGGUGCUUUACAAUGAGUUGGACCCUGAAGAUCGCUGGAAGGUCUCAUACUCCCGUCACAUUCGUCCCGACAUGAAGACACAUCUGGACCGGCCGUUGGUCGUGGACCCUCAGGAGAACCGCAAUAACAAUACCAACAAAACUCGACCGGGUGACGGCCAGCCCCAGCGCACUCAUCAGCUCUUGCACAAACAGCCCAACUUCAAUGAGGGGGAGAGUGGAGGAGGAGGUGGAGGGUCUGAGCCCUGGACUGCGCUGGAAAGGGGGGACUCCACAGGAUCCCGUAGGAGUCUUUUAGGCUCAGAGGACAAUGGGGAGGGUAGAGAGUCUCACCGCAGACAUCAGCAUGGUGAGCGCUGCAGCCAGGCUCGCCAACACCAUAGAGCUGCUAAGGAAGAGGGAGAGGGCGGAGGGAGGAGACACAGGAAUAAGGGCAAGGAAAGAGGUCCUGAGUAUGAGCAUGCAGAUGGAGGAGAGCGGAAACACAGACAUCAUCGCCAUGAGGGCGAGGGAAGAAAAGAUAGAGGGGUGCGACACCGUACCAGGAAGGAUGGUCAUGGAAGUGGCCCCAUUCUCUCCACCACUCGUCCCAUUCAGAAGACUCUGUCCAGGCAGGACAGCCAGUACAGUGAGGACCUGGACAAUGCCAUGAACAGCAAGCUUGCCACCCAGCCACCUAGUAACUCCACUCCUCAUGAUAGUCUGCUCAAUCUGGCUAACAGUGCCCACACUGCCGGCCUGGCACAUACUGGCACAGAGAGCAGCCUCUUUCUCACCAAGCCCUCCUCUACCACUGCUAAUGUUACCAGCACUGGUCACCUGGGCAUGAAACCUGAUUACACUGCCGUGGACAUUCCCCCGAUGUUCCCUUCCAGUAAUGCCAUCCUACAGGUCAAUAAAAAUGCAAACACAGAGCCCCUGCCCAAGAAGGAGGACACAAAGGGUGACGAUGAUGAUGAUGAGAAAGAUGAUGGGGGGCCUAAACCCAUGCCACCCUUCUCCUCAAUGUUCAUUCUGUCUACCACCAACCCAUUUCGGAGGUUGUGCCACUAUAUUGUCACGCUCAGAUAUUUUGAGAUGUGUAUUCUGCUGGUCAUUGCAAUGAGCAGUAUUGCCCUGGCCGCUGAAGACCCUGUCUGGCCCGAUUCCCCCCGCAACAAUGUCCUGCGAUACUUUGACUAUGUGUUCACUGGUGUGUUCACCUUUGAGAUGCUCAUUAAGAUGGUAGAUUUAGGUCUUGUCCUGCAUCAAGGCUCAUAUUUCCGUGACUUAUGGAACAUCCUGGACUUUAUAGUGGUUAGUGGUGCCCUGGUGGCGUUCGCCUUCACGUAAGUGUCAUCAAGGCCCCAGCGCUCAUGCCCCACUCCUCUCUCCUCUCCUGCUUGCUGCCUCUCCUCGUCCUUCCUCAUCUUGCUCCCUACAGGUCAAACGCCUGUGCAGUCGGCACAGCUCUGCCACCCUGGAGCGCCAGCCUGCUCCCCAUACAACCCACCUGUCUCUCUCUCUCUUUCUUUUCUCUCUCACCAUUUCUCUCCCUUACUCUCCUUCCCCAACUCAGUUCUGUUC